AUGAGUAAUAGACUUAUGAAUUCAAUGAUAUUAAUGUAAUAUUUUAAUCUCAUAUAAAAAGAAUCAAAUUAAAAUUUUCUUCAUAAAAGUAAUAUAAAAAAAAAGGAUAAAAAAUCUGAAAUAGCUCCGAAAAGUAUUAAAAAGAAAAGCAACUAAAACCAAAAUUCUACUGAUAAAUAAAUAUAUGAAUAAUAAGGGCAUGCGGAAGAACUUAAUCCAAAUGUAAUAAAAAAUGUAAUGAGGUAGUUCUUUAACUUUGUGCUAUCAGAAUAAAAUUAAGAUGUUGUUUUGGAGUUUUUAAAGUAUAAAAACUAUGAAACUGCUACGAAAUAUACUAAAAGAAUAAUGAGGGAAUUUAAAUUCAACAACACUUACAUCAUUAGAUUGAUAAAUAAAAAAGGCUACUGCAAAUUAUUGGAGUAUUAUCUAACCUUAGAAGUUUAAGAGUGGCUUUCAAAUGCAAAAAUAAAAGAUAUAACCUAGCAUCUCAGAUGUAUAGAGUUUCUAAAAGAGUGCUGUGUUGAUAAAGAAAAGCUACAGACUAUUAUUAAGUACAAAAAAAAGAGUUGA